AUGGAGCAAAGUGGAGAGCUUCUAGAAAGUUUGAAAGCUGAGAAAUUACCAGAACAGGUGCCAGAGCACCAGCCUUCGCCUGCAGAACCUGUCGAUGAACUAGUGUCUUGUGUAGAAGCCAAAGAACUCUUGGAUGAAUGUGAGAGUAUUUGGAAGCAGAUGGAAGAGUGUCAAAGCAAACUAACACUUCUAGGAGCAGAAAAACUGCUAGAAUCAGAUGCCAAGCAUUCCUUGUUAAUGAUGCGAGGGAAAGCUGUAUCAGCAGAGUGUAAUCAGUGGCAAAACAGAAGUCCUGAAAUAAUUUCUACCAAUCCAGAUGUACUGGUAGCAUUAGGAAAAGAAGAGUUGCAGAAAGUAAAGAAUGAUCUUGAAAUGGUGCUGUCAACAGUUCAAUCAAAGAACAAAAAACUGACAGAAGAUCUGAAAAGAGAACAACAGUGGCACGAUGAACAGAUGCAGAUAGUAGAUGUUCUUAGUGGAAUUGAAGAAGAGAUGAAAAAUCAAUUUAUGCAAUUUUCUCAGAAAAGAGCAUUUCAAGAACUGAGAAGUGAAAUGCUGAAACUAAAGACAUAUAAGGAAGAACUCUUGAAAGCUUUGGGUGAGUUCCUAGAAGAGCAUUUUCCCCUUCCGAAAGAAGAUGGAAUGGCUAAAAAAGAGAAAAAGAACUCUUCUGAACUGGUAACCCUGCAUGAAAUUUUAGAGAUUCUUAUAAACAAAUUAAUAAGUACACCACACGAACCCUAUUUAACAAUCCGUGACUCGUUUUGGCCACCUUAUAUUGAGCUGCUCCUGCGAUCUGGAAUUGCACUGAGACAUCCAGAAGAUCCAAGCAGGAUACGCUUAGAAGCCUUUCAUCAGUAGAGAAAACUUCAUUUACUUUAAAGCAAAACACAACUGC